UAGAAACGUUGAGAGCAAGAGAGAGAGAGGAGCCCAAUAAAAAUUCUCCCCGUCUCCGAACUUCGUAUCUGAAGUAAACUGAGAUAACUUUGAAGAGCUUUAAAGGUUUGGAAGGGAAAACCACCCUUCUCUUCGGAAACCCACAUUAAAGAUCAAACCAGAAGAGAGAGAAACAGCCCAAUCUGUAGAGAGAGAAACAGGGAAAGCACUCUUAGUCACAAUCACCCAACUAGCAGAGAGAGAGAGUUUUGCCAGCUGAGAAGAAGAAGAAGACACAGGAGACAGAAGUGAGAUGGAAGAGAUAACCAUCUCAAACCAGCUAUUGAGCCAGCAGCUCAUGCACCUGCAAUGCGCCUUAGCCUCCUGGUCCAACCCCGAUCUCCCCUCGAUACCAACCCCAUCAACAAAAUACCCACCAUUAGAGAGAGGAAGAAUGUACCAAGCAUACUCAGAGAAGAGAGAGGCCAAGCUCCAAGAAAAACACAGGAAAGCCCAAGCCCCAGCCCCAUCCAGGCCUAUGAAGCAGGUCUCGUUUGGGCUCGAAACUAAAGGCGCACUUCAAACCCGCAAAGACACUUGCAUACUUGAUGUUGCUCGCUCUGUUCCUGAUUUUGGUUCGGCUUUGAGGAAAGAGAAUAAGAAACCAUUAUUGCCUUCUUCGAUGACUCCUCCUCCUCCACAGAAGAAGAGUUGCAGUGGAUGGGGUAGCAGAUCAGAGGAGAAGAAGGGUGUUUCUAAGGUGAGUAAGAGUUAUGCUAAUAUUAAGGACUUGAGGGGUUUUUCAACUGCAGCUGCUCAGGCCAUUAAUGGAGAAGAUGGGGUGGGGACGAAGAGUUGCCGGGGAAGGGUGGGGAGUGGGGUUACUGGUAUUGGAAGCAAGAUUGGCAGGAGAUAAGCCUGAAGGCUCUCUCUCUCUCUCUCGUCUCGUCUCU